GGUCUGUGGAUUAAUUCACCAAUCUUACCUCCAAGGUGGAACUUAGGCCUGAUCGGACGAAGUGAGGAAAAGUGUUAUAUUUAUUGAACUUGUGACAUACUGUACUGUUAUCAGAAGAACGAAAAGCAUGCUUCAAACACUGUUUCUCUGUCAGUUCUGUGUUUGUGGUGUACUGACUGCACCCUCCUUGUCUAAAAUGGAAGGGGUGAUCACUCCUGACCAGUCCAUACAGUCCCUGACCAACACAGGGGGCAACAGUCUGUACACUGACAUAGGCAACGCCUCACCCUCGGCAAGGUCCACUGGCGACGCACUGCUAACUGAAAGCAAGGUGGGAGUAGCUGAUGCAAAAGGCAUCGGUGGUGAGGACUUUGCUGUGACCAAUACUAUCACGUCUUCAAAGGACUCUGGUGCCAAAACGUUUGACCAGACGAGCCCUGCGUUCAACGAGGUUCAACCUACAGCUAAAGUCAUGAAAUCCAAAAAGGCCAAAGGAAAGAAGCAGACCAAAGGCAAAAACAAGACCCAAAAGACCAAAACUGUUGCUUCUGAUAACAGUCUAGUUGAUAAGUUUACAACUACGCCAAUGCCGCCGGUUUUCCAAACCAUGGAGCCGUUUGCUGGAAUGGGUGACUUUUUCACCACCACUCAGGCGUUUGGUUUCGACAAUUUCUUCACUCCACAGUUUACAACUCCCCUACCUCUACAGCCUGAACAGAACAACCCCCCGACCACUACAUUUACACCAUGUUCCGCAAACAUUCGAGCAAAUCCUCUUAACAGAAACGAAUAUCACUACUUGUCGGGGGCAUUCUCUGGAUACUACAUCAAAUGUCCUGCCGGUCUACAAUUCCGGGAAGAUAGGUGUCGAUGUGACUGGCCCAUUAUGGAGGCCGUGGAAAACUGCUCCUGCUGCAAAUCAGGUGUAAUGAAACAUGAAACACACAGAAAUAUGUUCAAACGACUAAUUAAUGGCGUUUGGGUGGACGACUCGUGUGUAUCACAAUCCAUGGUGUUUGACGACAAGGAAUGCAAAUGUGUAUGGAACGCCAACAAGGCCGGGAAGGAGAUCUUUCCAGUCGACAAACCCUCCAAAAGCUUUCUAAGAUAUAAUGAAAGAUGUGUAACACUAUUGAAUAUGACGCUGGAUAAAGAACUUAAAGACGAAGAUGGAAAGCAUAUAACAGCAAGAAAAAUCCAUAGCAGGAGAUUUAAAGCGAUCAAAGGAGCAGUCAACAAAGCCAUGUUGUUUGUUUAUACACCGUUCGAAUUACAAUCCUUUAAAGGAAACAGCCUAGAGAGAAACAUCUUCAUCAGUUUCAAUUUUAAGCCAGUAAUUCAGAAUGUUAAAAAGGUCACCCUCUUUUCUAAUGGUUGCGAGACCUCAGGUCCAACUCAGCAUGUUAACCAGCCGUCAAUAGAAAUCAAUUUCUUCCCACAUAACGAGACCAUGCAGUUCAUCUUCAGAACAGAAUCAAAAUCGUUGGACAUUUAUAGAAAACCAAUUCGAGACCCCUAUGAUUGGUACAGAGUACAAAUGUAUCUCCAAGACAAAGUACUGACCAUCAUAGUUAACAACGAAGUCCUCUAUCAAUCUAACGGUUUGAAUGGUAAAAUAACUACUACAAACUGCAACUUGAUGGUUGGUGGUUCACCCUUCAGCAACGAUCAAAAGUAUAUUGGAUAUAUGGAUGAGUUGUUGAUUGUAAAACAGUGUCCAUAUGCCAAAUUGAACAACAUCGGAACUCAAACUGGCUGAAGAUGACGUAAACAAGUUGAUUGAUAUCAAACCCCCAUUUGAUACCUAAAUUUGCUGUGGUUUUUUCACACAACUUGAAACCUCUGGAUUUUGUUGAGGUUUUUGAUUUUGGCAGCACUGUCUCGAUGGCCUACUUUUGGUGAUAGACCGAAUGAAUCUUUUGUCAGAGGCAUUGGAUAGCCAAAUACAACGCCCUGACUCUACUAGUCUGUCAUUGCUAUGGUGGUUUGAUGUUUAUUUUAAACAUGCAUUCCUAUGACAAACGUGUUUGGUAUGGAAUUUGGGACUUUGAGAAAUCCAUUAGACUUGUGUAAAUAGUUUGCUUUUUAUGCGCUAUGAUUUCAUUAUUCUUAUGAAUGCUAGUAUUCAAUGUAAUAAUUUGUUUCUCUUUUGCAUAUAUUUAAGUUGAUUUUCGUGAUUAGGUAUGCGAUACAUUCUUCUGUUAUGCAAUAUUUCAAUUUCUACGUACGGCGAAUCCCCAAUAGAAACAAUUGAAACCAUCUGGUCUUUUGGCGUUAGCUAUUUAUCAUAAAUGCCAGUUUAGUUGGGGUUUUUUGGCAAAAUCGCUGCGCAAAACAAAAAUUAUAAUUUGAAUAACAGAUUUUAUUAAAAAGCCUUCUGUUACACAAAAAUCCGAUAUGUUUCUUUUAAUAUCAGUUAUUGAUUUUUGUUUGUGGUAUUUGUUAAUUUGUCAUAAAUUGACAAUAUAAAUGUUUGCAUAAUUGUUAUUUAAAUUAAUGUCAUAGUAUCAUGAUUAACGCGCGCACAGUGUAAAAUAGACUUUUUUAAAAAUUGCUUUCCGGUGCUUUUGUUUUUCUCUUUGUAUUGCUAUUACGUUUUUUCUUGCAACUUCUACCGAAUGUGUAUUUUAAAAAAAUCAACCUGUUAAUAUAUGCAUUCUAAACUUUACUCGUUGUAAAUUUCAAUUUGGAUUUCAAACAAUGUUCUGUACUUAACUUGCUGUUGACUAAUCAGUUACACUGUUAACAUUAACUACUUAGAAACCCACUAAGAACUAAGAUGAUGUCCAAAUAAGGCUAGAUCUUUAAUUAAACGACCGGCCAGGUCUCUAGAUCUAAGAAUACCUAUGUGUGGUAUGUUUUAUCUCCUUGACCCCUCACUGUUUUCCAUAGCGUGUCUCGUUGACAUAUUUGUGGGAUGAUUUACCGACUCCCUGACAGGCCGCUCUGUGAAAGGCAUCCCCAUGGUCUAUAUUUGUCAACAAUUUAGUGUUCUGACUUCAGUUUUAUCUUAAGACGACACUACAAAAAUUCAUUGUAUAAGCUUCGAUAUGAGUUGUUCUAUGCUGUGUAAUUUGAACAUUUUUUUAUGUACAUAAAUAUUGUAAAGUACGCUAUGUCCUGAUUUAUUUAUUUUUUAAUUAUUUGUUAUUGGUAUUUAUUUUGUGCAUUUGAAUUGCAUAAGUCUGUGAUACAAUGUAAAUGAAAUAAAUUGUACUAAAUCAAACAAA